AUGACAUGCACUGGUCUGACCAGUGAUGAGGCUCCAGCUGAUUUGUACAUUGUUCAUUUCCCCCAAAUCUUCAAGGCCAUCGACACCUGCCCGUAUUUCAACAAGUUAUCCUUGAUGGUUUCGGGAAGCCCGUACUCUUCUCUGCGGCCCUUCACUUCCGCUCAUCGAGAGACUCCCGCCCCGACUGCACUUUCUCCUGCGAUGACUGAGCAGGAGGCUCCGAGUCUCUCCGCCGAAGGGUUGCCACCACCGAAGGCCUUCGCGGUUAGUCCUCUGCUCCAAGGGCGGCCGCAGCCCUCAGGGAGGCCAGCCCAUCCUCGCCCCUCCCGAGGUUAUCCUCAGAGCUCACUUCCCUGGGGCUCCGAGUCCUCACAUCCUGCUGUCGUCGGGAGGGUCUUUUCUCGUCGCGAGAAAGGUUCUAGGCCUCAGCCUCGCUCUCCGCCUCUCUUGAGAUCCCGGCAGGCCUCUGUCACAGAACCCAACGGUCGGAUCCUCUCCGCCUCGCUUUGCGAGCCUGUAGAAGUGCGUCCCUUCUCGCUUGCCUUAUGCCAGGCGAGGCGGGGACCGCACUACAGUGCUGCCAGCCGGAGGGGGGAACGCUCACGUGCGGCACUUUGCUUUCCAGCCGGCGACAAUCGCUCUCGAGAAAACCAGCGUUCAGACGACCAGGACUACACCUCGGGCCUGAAGUCCAAGCUCCAGGGGAGGGACGGGGCGGGGCGAGCGCGCGCGGGGCGGGGCGAGCGCGAGCUGGGGCGAGAGGAGGGAGCGCGCGAGCGAGCCGAGCGGUGCCGAGCGGAGCAGGGAGGUACCGGGGAGAGGCUGGCUGAGCCCGCCGGCCGCCUGCGGCUCAGCGCGGAUUGUGCUGCGUCGCCAGGCUCAGCGUACCCCUGCCUCUGCCCAGGCUCCCGCAAAACUUUUAUUCUCUGGGGCUUCCCGGGGUGUCUGAAGGAAUCGGAGCGCUCGGCAGGCUCUGCGCUCCCCUGCCGCGGCGACCCAGGGGACGUGCAUCCCUUGCCCGCUGGGCUCUCGCGCCCCGCGCCUCCUCACCUGCUGCUGAUCUCUCCCCAGAGCGGCGAGGGGGCACCCGCGGAGGGGCCGCGCGGGGGCCAGCGCCCCCGAAUUUUCCCGCCCACCACCGUAGACUCGCCCGGCGCAACUUUAACUUGA